AUGAGUAUCAAAAAAGAAUCGCACAUUUAUUCUACAACUUCUGCAAUUAAUACAAUUUCGACAAUGACAACUUCAUCAAACGAGGUCAAAAAUGAAAACCAAACAAUCCUUCCAUUUACCCCAUCGGAUGAACUAUCUUCAACUCAAGAUUCUGUGAAUUCACGAAGUAACACAGAAUUAUUCAAGUCUGGUUCUAAUCAGUCUUCUGUUGAACGAAGGACCUGGGAGUUCAUUUGGGAGGUAUCUAUUUCACUUACCAGAGGCUGUUACUUUCAUUCCUUACUUUUCACAGACUUUCAUCAUAGUGUCAGUACAGAUUACAAUAGUGUGGGAAAUCUGAGCUCUCGUGUUACUUGUAAUUCUGGGAACAGUUCUACAGUUUGAGAUGCUACUUAUACCGCAGUUACAGUUCGCCUUCCUCUAUAAUUAUAUCUACUUGAUGACUGCUACAAUAAUCGUUGCCUUUGCUGCAGCUGUUCCACUCAUCGACUUACGAUUCUGGUGGAAAUUUGUCACAUGAAUUAUUACUGUGGUUAUUGCAGGGAUUGUAGUAGCUGUCAGUGUCAUCAACAGAUUCGAUGUGCUCAAAAGUUUUGGGGAGUUCAUACUUGUCACUUUCAUUGUGGAAUUAGCCUUUGUUAUCAUAUUCUUCCCUUUCAUAUUCUGGCGAGAAUUUGACAUACUCAUAAUACUGUGUGGAUUCACCAUGAUGUGGACAGUUAUUUCGGUAUGUUUAUCAGUCGAUCAUUUGAAAUAGAGAAUAGUAUUUUUUUGCAUAUGGAGCCGAUUGCAGUCAGUUUAAGGGCUCGAAAAUGUACUGAAUGAAGUAGAUAGCUGAAGUAGUUGAUGCACGUUUGGUUUACGAUAUUGAGGAAAUUUUUGAUCCCACGUAUUUCAAAUGGGAUAUAAAAAUGCUACAAUUGUUGCGCCUAAUGUUGCCCGGUAUUGCAGCUUCAUUUUACUUCUUUCGUACAGUCUAUUUAUUGCAGAUAGAAAAUGAAUGUUUCUCACUAAUUGUGAGUUCUCAUGCUGAAACUUGAAGCUGGUACAUACUGUUUACGAAUACACAGAGUCAUCCAUCAAACUGUCUUAACUCAAUUUAUUGUCAACAGCUACAAGUAAAUAAGUAUCAAGAGUUGCAUUUCGUUCUUUCAUGCCGUCACUUUCUGUACAACGUAGACAAACACAUCAAUAUUCUACGGUUACUGAACUUCACGUUUAAAUUUUUAUGCAUUGUUAGUCAAAUAGCGCAAGUAGCUCCUUGCCUCAGGACAGCUAACAAUUGCAGAAGAAUAAUAUCGCUUUCUGUAUGUUCACUGACAAAAUUCAACAACUGUUUAUCAGAAUCUGAAGGAAUGCCAUGUCAAUAAUAUGACUGCUUCGUUACUGAUCGGUCUAACUUAAGCUUAAUGUGAUUUCAUCGUAGACUAAAACAUUGCUAUCCCCUCAAGAAGACUCAUUAUCCGUUCUCAUAUUUGACUAUCAAAUUUUCUAAAUAUGAGAGAUAUCACUACCAUUGUUGGGUUACAAUUUUCCUUUAUAUCAUCAUAAAUAUCUUCAUCAAAGGAAGUAUUUUCUGCAAUGAUUGAUUCCGUUCUGUGAUAUUUAGUAGUCCAGAGUAUAAGGCAGGAUGAAAGGAGCAUUAGAAACAGAAUCAUGGUUUUCUUCAGAUAUCCACCAUUAAAGCAGAAUGAGUUAUGAGAAGGUUCAGUUUUCUAAUGUGGAGUUGCAGACAAUUAGGUCACACGCUGAGACUUCAAUAUCUCCGCCAGAUUCAUAUACUUGAAUGGUUUAUUGUUAUCACUUGGUAUUGUUUGCUUGCAUAUUCCACUUUUAUAUAUAUAUAUAUAUAUAUUAAUAUUUGUGAAUGACUGAUGAAAUAACAUUAAGCCAGUAAUAAGAUUUCGUGCCUUCACCAUCUCACUCACGUUAAGAAUGGCAUUAGGAUUUUUAUCAGUUGUUUGAUACUUCAUACUAUAUCCAAAUAGAUUAGGAUGUUUGCAUACACUGGACACGAAUACA